AUGCCAGAAGAUCGGUUGAACAGACAUACGAUUAGAUCACAUGGAGCUAAAGUGGCAAGGACACACAUGCAUGACUGGUUGAUGCUUUUGCUUCUUGUUAUCAUUGAUGGUAUCUUGAAUGUGAUAGAGCCAUUUCACCGUUUUGUUGGAGAGGGGAUGAUGCCCGACCUGAGAUACCCAUUGAAAGAUAAUACUAUACCCUUUUGGGCUGUACCAAUAGUAGCGAUAUUGUUGCCGAUAGCUAUAAUUUUUGUUUACUAUUUCUUCCGAAAGGAUGUUUAUGACUUCCACCAUGCUAUCUUGGGCCUUUUAUUCUCUGUACUCAUUACUGCGGUGAUAACGGAUGCUAUCAAAGAUGGUGUUGGACGGCCACGCCCAGAUUUCUUCUGGCGUUGUUUCCCUGAUGGGAUAGGGGUGUUUGAUCCAGUAACAAAAGAUGUUAGAUGUACCGGAGAUAAGAUUGUUAUUAAAGAAGGCCACAAAAGUUUUCCAAGUGGACAUACCUCUUGGUCCUUUGCUGGACUUGGUUUUCUUGCAUGGUAUCUAUCUGGGAAAAUUAAGGCGUUUGACGGUAGGGGUCAUGUUGCAAAGCUUUGUAUUGUGUUCUUUCCUCUUCUUGUGGCAGCUAUGAUUGCUGUCUCUCGUGUUGAUGAUUAUUGGCAUCAUUGGCAAGAUGUUUGUACUGGAGGGCUUAUAGGUUUGACAAUCUCUUCCUUUUGUUACCUACAAUUCUUUCCACCUCCGUAUGACAAAGAUGGAUGGAGACCUCAUACAUAUUUCCAGAUGUUGGCUGAUUCUAACAUUGUUCACACUUCUUCGCACAACAAUGACAAUCUGUAUGCACAACAUGCUGAGGUUCAGACUGUAUCUGUGCGUAUUCCACCUCAACAUGAUGGCGAUAAUGCUCGAGUUAAUAUAGAUGGGACUCCAACCCCAGUUGAGCUGGAUGCUGCUAAGGGGACAAUGAAGUCUAUACUGUCCAUGUAUAAGGACCAUUGCUGGUUGUAG